CAGCUUGAUAUUUUUAAGUAGCUUGAUGGAUUAGAAACAACACCUGUCAAUGGAACAUCCGUGAAUUUCUGUGCUCUGUGGGAAAAGGCUUUUCCACCAUGCUCUCAUGUAGAAUCUUUGUGAUCUAUUCUCCAUGGCUUCUGGUGGCUCUUCACCCCAUGAGGGCCGCAAGAGAAAAAAGAAGAGUGAUGGUAGCUUGAGAGGUAAAAGUGGGACCACAGAUGAGUCACAGGCUCAGGCAGACAUCGAUAAGUUAACAUCAGCAGGACACAGUGCACUGAAACAAGGUGACUGUCUCGAAGCCCUUAAUUGCUUCAAGAAGGCAUACAAAGCAGCAGUAGAGAUCAAGGAAACAAAGGUACAUCGAGCAUGUGCCUUCAACCUGGGUGCUGCUUAUGUGGAGGCUGGCAAGCCUCAAAAAGGUAUCGACUUCCUGAGGAAAGCCCAGCCAGGUGAGAAGAGGGAGCGGGUGGCAGACCUCCAGUACAACCUGGGUGUGGCCCAUGAGGUGUUGGAGGAUCAGGCCCAGGCGGCAGGACACUAUCUCCAGGCUGCGCAGCUCUAUCGCUCCCAGGGAGAUGGAAGCAGCGAGGGGGACACCUGCAUGAAGCUGGCCCGCUGCCACAUCCGCAUGAAGGACUGGAGUCAGGCCGCUGAGGUGUUCCGGAGGGCCGCAGAGAGCUACCGGGUGGCGGGCCGCCUGGACUCCGCAGCCGUGGCCCUGAAGCAGACAAGCACCCACAUGCUCCAGAGUGAGAGUUUCUCGUCUGAGGACGUCAUAGGUGCGCUGUCUCAAUGCCUGGAGCUCAGUGUGAGCCUCACAGACCAACACUCACUCGUGUUGUCAGUGUUGUGUAUGGUCAUGUCUGGCUUGGUGUCUGCUUUCUGGACCACAGGUAAGCUGUACAAUGAGCUUGGCCUGAGCUUCUCCCAGCUGAAGCUGUUUGGGGAGGCAGCUGAGUGCUAUGAGCAGGCCCUGCCUCUGGUACGGUCCAAACCACGCAGGCUCGCCGUGGUACUGCAGAAUCUGGGUGCGGUCCACAACACUCUGGGUCAGUACCAACAAGCAUUGGACUUCCACAGAGAGGCAGCAGCCUUGCAUGGGUCCCAGGGUAGCCGUCGGGCUCAGGGCCGCUGCUUCAGUAACCUGGCCUUCGCUCUCACUCAGCUGGGGGAGCUGGAGGAGGCUGGCGAGAGCUACCUUCAUGCUCUGCAGGCCUUCAAAGACACAGAGGACUACAUGGGGCAGUGGCAGGCUUGUGAAGGUUUGGGGGAAAUACGACUUCAGCUCAGAGACCCUGACAAAGCCACGCUAUACUACAAACAAGCCCUGGGCAUGUUAUCCAAGUGUAAGGAUUCUGAUGGCUCAGUGCAGGAGCGGCUGGUCAAUAAACUGAGCCAAGCCCUGCAGCUCCGACUCGCCUUACAACAGAGGGGUCCUUUUCCAAGGCGGGCCAAUCAGAAUCGCAGUUUCCACAGCCAACCUCGAAGACUGACUGAUAUGAAUGGAGGGGAGCCUUUUCAGAGCCAUCCACUCAGAAAAAAUCAAUUGAACGACCACAAAGUAGAGAAUGGAUUUCUGGUGGGAGCUGCAGCCUCGUCUUUGGGGUCAGGUGGAGAGCAGCGGCCCCAUGGAGAGACAGUGAUGCUGCACACACAGUCAAACUCACGUCCUGAACCACCUCACACACAGCCGCCAGACCACCUGUCUGUGCUUCCAGAGACCAACAGCCGGGGAUGCACUGUAACUCCGUUCUGUCCAUGUGACAGGAAUCUCAAUAACACGUAUGAGCAACCUGACGGUCAGAACCUGGACCCGCCACAGUCGGACCCGCCCACAGAUAUAGAGCACAGUGACCACUUGCAUGAAACAAUCCAACAAACCACCACGGAUCAGAGCAAGGAGCUGCCAGUGUCCCAGGGCGCAGAUGUUACUGGUUUACAAGAGACAGACUCUGGGAACAAUGGGAGUGCUGCGCCACCACUUGUCAGAUGGAAGUCCAGAUUUUGCACCAUUAUGCAUGCUAAAUCAUGGUAAUUCCUCCCACAUCGCUUCACUAAAACACCUGUUUAAACAUCUGGGAUCAUCCAGCUUUAUCAACAUUGAGGUUAUCCGAAGAUCACAUUCCUGUACACAGAGCUAUUUCCUGCGGGGUCGAUUUUCUUGACAAGUGUGCUGCACAUGGUGGCAUUAAAGUCCAGAUUUCAAUCUGGUGUGAUGAUGUAACCACAAUCAUGACUUAUAGCAUGACUAAAGGCCGAGUAUGCCAGAUAAGUUGCAGAUGUCAGAGGAACCUAAAACGGUAUUAAUGUCCAUGCAUUGUUUCAGUAAAAUAGGCAGCACAUCUGUGGUCAAACUAAAAUAAUGUAGCCAUUCUCAAAUUAGUUACAUUUAAGUAACAUUAGUUGGUGAAAUUUUCACAUUUAGAGACAGCCAAGUUUAUAGUCACAUUGCUAUGAAAAUUCUUUUAAGUGUUUCAACUUUUAAUAUGCCCAUUGAACAAUGCCGCCUCCUUGUUUUUCAGACUUGUUUGUCAAGGCACUUCAUUUUAUUUAUUUUUAUUAUUUUUAUUGUUUUGCUUGAUGAUAUGCUCCACUGCAUUGUAUUUGAUUUUAAAAGAGAAAGCGCAUUAACAUUACCAAGUGUUUCUUUAAUUUUAAUUGAGUCCUUCAACACACAUUGUUAUCAAUUGUUGACUGCAAAGGGUUCCCAAGUGCAAUCCUAUUUCCCGAAGUUAAUUGUGUGAUGGGUUUUGAAUGGAGCGUUCGCUCCACUAACGCUCAUCAGAGCUUCAGCACUUGCACGAGGACAGCUCCGCGGUGUGCUUCACAGCGCUCUCUGAAACCAUGAAACCAGAGGAGUUGCCUAGGCGCUACAGCUGAUGCGGCUGUAUGGGAAACCGUCUUGCGCGUAGGCUACUGCACAGACACUAGCCUACCGAGCAGAAGAGCCGCAGCCUGCGUGGGGAACCGAGAACUGGGGAGGAACACCAGAGUCACAGUUACCGGGCGAAACAACAAGAGAGUUAAACAUGUACAAGUGUUAUAUCUGGGACCAUAGACGGAAAGUAUUACCCGGGAACUUGCUUGGCAGAACGUAGAAGCCCACGGCGCACGAAAAGACUCGAGAGGAAAGACAUUGCGGUGAAGUGUCAUUGCAUACCAUGUGGAAAUAUCGAAUUGAUUUUUUUACUUUAUGCGAAAUGCUUUUUAAUUCAGGAAAUGAGUUCUGGUUCCAUUGAUGAUUUAGGCUACAUGAAAAGACUUCAACAGAGAACAAGGUGGGGAAUCAAAUAUGCUUUUCAAUUUUGUAUAGGCUACAGUGUAUGUUUGUUUUAAAUAUGCAAUGUCUGAACGAUGUCUCACUUUUUUGAAAUAACACUGCUUUAUGUUGUGUGAGAAGAUGCGUCAAAUGAACUUGAGUAACCAUUUUUUGCACCACCAAAGCAGAAAACGGUUUUACCGGUUUUUAAUAAUUCAUAACUCCGAGUCACUGCUUUACGAGGUAAAUUGCAGAGGAAGUAGCGAUGACAAUUAAUCAAUUGCAGUGUGUCAAGUCAG